AGGUCGCCCAGGCUUCUGCUAAAAACACAGGAACAACCCGAGUAAGCAGAGCACACUGUGCCCGAAGUGAAUGACCGUCGAAUAUCCAAAUAUGUUGAGAUAAAUGUUCCUUGUGGAUUGCUUGUCUUGAAAACUGUUUUACUGCAGUCUAAUAAUACAAGCGGAAAGACAACUACAUUUUCAGAGCACUGGUCAUUCUCACCAUGUCCAGCCAGCCCAUCCAACACCACCGUGAAGGGGACUACGUGUCCCUGAUGAGAGGUUUGGCAGAGCUGGACUUCUCUGGCCCCAGUGUUCCUAGUGCCCUGGUGCUGACUGGAGACGAUGCCUUUCCUUUAGUGAUGAACAGCCAGGGUCAGAUCCUGAUGGCUGCCUCUCUGUACGGCCGUGGAAGGAUUGUGGUCUUUGGCCACGAAUGCUAUUUAACUGCCUUUCCUGCUCUGGUAGAGAAUGCUCUGACCUGGCUGAGAGGAGAUGGAUCUGAAAACCUGUCUGUGGGGGUCCAUAAAAAUGUCUCUGCAGUGGCUAAUAAUCUCAGUAAAUCCAGUUUUCAAGCAACAGUUGUGGGGGCCUUUAGUGAGAAUCCAGGGGUUGGUGUAUAUGUGACAGAUGCCUACAGUGUGGGUGCGGACCCGAAGGAGCUGGUGGCGUUUCUGAAAGCUGGAGGAGGAGUGCUGCUAGGAGGGCAGGCCUGGAGCUAUGCUGCAGAUCACCCUAUGGAGAACACGCUGCUUCAGUUUGAUGGGAAUAAGGUUUCUGGUGUGGCAGGUGUCUACAUCUCCAAGAAACAGGGUAUGGUAGAGUGCCUGCCUGUCUACCCUCAAAUCCCAUCCUCCUGGAUGUCCAUAUCAAUUGGUAAGGACUUUAAGGACGACUUCGAGUUUUUACUUCAGGGGGUUUCGGAGUUUGAAAUCCCGGGUGGUUUGUUGGCAUCUGAGGUUCUGGUCCACGGCACACUGGCCUUUCCCAUUGGGACCGCAGGCAAUGGACGGGCAUGCCUGGCAGGAGCCUAUUAUGCCCAAGGACGAGUCAUUGUGGUUUCACAUGAAGGGCUUCUGGGACAAGAGGCACUGGCUCCAUUUUGGAACAAUGCUUUACACUGGUUGGAUGAAGGCCGACAGGGGGUGAUUGGUGUUGAGCCUGAUCAUGCCCUUAACAUUCUCAGAAAGUCUGGGUUACAGUGUGAGAAGACAAACCUAAGAGAAGGCCUGAGUGUGUUUGUGUGUACCGCAUACAAAAAUGAUCUUGUGAAAGAAAUCCAAGACUUUGUGGCAGAGGGAGGAGGCCUGCUGGUUGGGGGCCACGCCUGGUACUGGGCACAGACAAACAGUGGUCAAAAUCCAUUGACGGAUUUCUCAGGGAACAAGAUCCUGUACAAAAUGGGCUUGGGCCUGUUGGGGGGAACAAUUGGAGGAGGAAUAUACAAGGCCCCUGACCCCAGCCAGGCCAUCAAAGAUACCUACCACUUCCGUCAUCUUCUAAACCGCUUUGCUGGCCAUGUAACAUAUGGGAAAAAGCUUACGGCGAACGAGGAAGAAUGUCUUAAAAAACUAGGCAGCGACUGCUCCAUCUUGUUGAACAUGAAGGCUCAUGACUGCUCCUCCUAUCAGCAGAUUGUGUCCACACUCACUGACAUCUUAAUGAAGUGUGGCAUGCCACAGGUGUGUGAAAGCAACCCUGUGACUAGUCCCAGAGACCAUCUACUGCUCAAUGUGGGUCCACAAAUAUAUAAGGUUCACCCAAAUCCUGAUGCUCUCUUGCCCCACCUCAUCAAGAAUAACCCACUGUUGCCUGUUGUGUAUAAUGCAAGGAUCAGGAUUAAUGCCAACACAGGAGGAGGUGAGGAGUGGCUCAGUACAGGUCUCUAUCUCUCUCCUGGUAUGAAGACCUACUUGGUCAUACCAUCAGCGAUUGUCGACAAGGGAUGGAAGAUCCAGAUAGGCUGUCAAACAGACUAUCUGGGCCAUGCAGAGCUGAAGAGAGCACCGUGUGUUCAUGAACAGAUUCCCAUAACAAAAACAAUGAUGCAGGUGUGGAACCUGUGGGGGGGACUCAUCUACGUGGUGGCUCCACCCAAUACACAAGUGCAGGGGCUAGAGGUCAUAGUGCAGAUAGCUGUACCUGCACCAUAUUAUAAAUCUGGUGUGACAACACUUGCCGAGUGGUCCAUGCUGUGCACAGCUCCUUCACCCUGGGCAGAGUUGGAGUUUGAAAACAUCAUCCUUACUGUACCAUCAGAUGUUGUUCGGAACCUAGAGCGCCCUGAUGAGUUAGCAGCGAUGUGGGAUGCCAUCAUGAGGGGCAUUGCUGACUUGGCUGCAAUACCACCCAAAUUUCCUCGCAAAGAACGUUUUGUAACUGAUGUGCAGAUUUCACAUGGUUGGAUGCAUUGUGGUUAUCCUGUCAUGGCAUACAAGUCCACAGCAGCUGAACUGGUCAACAUUACCCGAUCUAAGAAGCAAAACCUUUGGGGUCCCAUUCAUGAACUUGGACACAACCAACAGAGAAGCUGCUGGGAGUUCCCCUCACACACCACAGAGUGUACAUGCAACCUGUGGUCACUGUAUGUGCAUGAAGAGGUGCUGGGAUUCAACAAGGCAGAGGCUCACCCAGCUAUGGCUUUAUCAGACCGAAACCAACGAGCACAAAAUUAUGUUAGGGCAGGCAGGGAUCUCAGUGGCUGGGACACGUGGGUAGCACUGGAGACUUAUGUGCAGCUCCAGGAGAAGUUUGGCUGGGGUGCCUUUAAAAAGGUGUUUGGAGCCUACCAUCAGAUGAGCAACUUUCCUGGUGACAACAAGGGAAAGAUGAACCUGUAUGCUGAGACUUUCUCCAACACUGUGGGGCUGAACCUGUGUGGAUUCUUUAAGGCCUGGGGCUGGCCCAUCGAAACAGCCACUGAGGAGAAACUCUCCAACCUGCCUCCCUGGAGCGACCACCCCAUGGUCAAAUAUGGUUGAACUUCAGACUGCUGCUGACUAAAAGUGCAGAGAGAUGAGUUCAGUCUGUACCAGAAAACAAAAAUGCUGGAUGGAGAAUGGCCAGACAACCAUGCUGUUUUUUGAAAAUCAG